GGCUGCUUCUGGUUUCAAGGCACACAUAAAUACAAAGCGGAGCCGGGUAGAGGAAGAGCACAAAGAAAAGAGAAGGAUUCUCACAUUUAAAACUGAAGACUAACAGAGUCAGAUCCCCUAAAAGAGGAGCUUGGACGGCAUGCAAAGUUGUGAAAUUUCGUCAGACAGCACUGAUGAUCCUCUUAGUAGCGGCUUACGCACUCACCGGCAGCCUCGAAUAGUAGUGAUCGGCGCGGGCUUGUCCGGCCUCGCCGCUACCAAGAUCCUCCAGGAACACGGCUUCACGGAUGUCACAGUCCUAGAGGCUUCCGACCGAAUUGGAGGAAGAGUUCAAAGUGUUCAGCACGGCAAAGCGACUUUGGAGCUUGGAGCGACUUGGAUCCAUGGCGCCAACGGAAACCCAGUGUACCACCUGGCGCAGGACAACGGGCUGCUGGAGCACACCACGGACGGCGAGCGGUCCGUGGGACGCAUCAGCCUGUACACCAAGAACGGCGUGGCACACUACCAGACCAACAGCGGCAGGAGGAUCCCUAAGGACCUGGUGGAAGAGUUCAGUGACCUGUACAAUGAGGUGUACGAGCUGACUCAGGAGUUCUUCCAGAACGGAAAGCCAGUAUGUGCUGAGAGCCAGAACAGCGUGGGAGUGUUCACGCGCGACGUGGUCCGCAAGAAGAUCAUGCUGGACCCUGACGACCUGGAGAGCACCAAGAGGCUCAAGCUAUCCAUGCUGCAGCAGUACCUCAAGGUGGAGAGCUGUGAAAGCAGUUCCCCCAGCAUGGACGAGGUGUCGCUGAGUGAGUUUGGCGAGUGGACGGAGAUCCCGGGCGCCCACCAUGUCAUCCCUGGAGGCUUCAUGAAGAUCGUGGAGCUCUUGGCCCAGGACAUCCCCUCCCGCACCAUCCGAUUGGGAAAGCCCGUCCGCCGCAUCCACUGGAACUAUUCCGCCCAACAACAGGAGGAGAUCGCCCACGGUAACAGCGACGGCAACCGCGGCACCGACGACCACAACGACGACCGACGCGCCGGGGGCUGCUGUGCCCCCCCGGCCCAGCGCCAUCCCAUCCAGGUGGAGUGUCAGGACCAGGAGUGGAUCGCCGCCGACCACGUCAUCGUCACCGCCUCACUGGGCGUGCUCAAGAAGGGCCACGAGGCCCUUUUCUCACCUUCCUUGCCUGAGGACAAAGUCCUCGCCAUCGAGAAGCUGGGCAUCAGCACCACCGACAAGAUAUUCCUGGAGUUUGCCGAGCCGUUCUGGAGCCCCGAGUGCAACAGCAUCCAGUUUGUGUGGGAGGACGAGGCCCUGCUGGAGCAGCCGGUCUACCCAGAGGAGCUGUGGUACCGGAAGAUCUGCAGCUUCGACGUGCUGUACCCGCCCGAGCGUUACGGCUACAUGCUGAGCGGCUGGAUCUGCGGACAGGAGGCCCUGCUCAUGGAGCGCUGCGACGACGAGACGGUGGCCGAGACCUGCACCGAGCUGCUGAGACGCUUCACAGGGAACCCCAACAUUCCGAAGCCCCGGCGUAUCCUGCGCUCCAUGUGGGGCAGCAACCCCUACAUCCGGGGCUCCUACUCCUUCACCAGGGUGGGGUCCAGCGGGGGGGACGUGGAGCGGCUGGCCAUGCCUCUGCCCGACGCCAAAAGCUCCAAGACCCCGCCAUUACAGGUGCUGUUUGCUGGUGAAGCCACCCACAGGAAAUACUAUUCCACUACCCACGGUGCUUUGCUGUCAGGCCAGAGGGAGGCCAGUCGUUUGAUAGAGAUGUACCAGGACUUGCACAAUGCAGACACCACAAAAGCCUAACACCUAUAAACAUGAACCACCGACUAGUGACAACAAAAACAAACCAUUUGUGUUUAUGUUUUCUUUAUGAUUAUUUUUUAAUAUUUCAAAUGAUUAAAUUAUACAUUUAAGAGAUAGUAGGGGCAUUAUAACAAGAUACAUUAAUACUGUUUUUACUGUUUUGUAGAUAUAGAAAGCUGUAGAUUUUAAUCACGAGAUGUACUGUAUAAAAUGGGUACCGCCAUCAUCUCCGGUCCUUAUCAUUUUAUUGUUCUUUUUUAAUCAAUAAAUUAAUGUUUAUAUAACAAUGUCUAUAAUUUAACAUUUUUUUGUAAGUGCCUUCUGUAUUUAAUGUCAUGGUAUUGAAAAAAGAAAAGAUGAAUGAUUGAACUGAAUAAAACUGUAUUAACUGUAAA